GCCAGAGGUCAGGGGUCAGAACGCAGCACACCUCCCGCUUCCAGGGGCAAGGGCAUGGAUUGGGAUAGGGACGGAGAUACUGUAUGAGGAGAUUUGGACCUGGCUUACCGGAUGGCUGCGAUAGUAGUAGUCAAGGGUUAUGUUACUGCAGCGAGGGCAUCCGAGAAUGAGAUUAGAUUUGAGCCCCGGGUCACUUGAGCGGGGCGAGUUUAGCCGCAGGUGUAACAGAUCAGUGUCUAAUCGUCUAUCACCAUCGUCCCAGAAGGCCCAGUCGACGGAAGACGCUCACUCCGCACAGCCGUGUACGUGUGCGCAUGUCAGAGCCAGCGCGGCCAUUUAUUCAGUCACAACUUCACCCAGCUGCCAAAGCCUUCUGCUGAAUUAUUAAACCUUUAGUGUAAACUAUUGUUCUCUUCCUGGGUGAAAGGCAAAUGUUUUCCUGUAUACUGGUUUGUGAACAUAGUUUGCAUGACUAUUCUGUUUCUAUAGCCUCAUCAUCUAUUAAUAUAUGCAUUUCACUCCUUUCUCUCCCUUGUUCUCCAUCUCCCUCUCUCUAUCUCUCUCUCUCGUCCUCUCUCUGUCUGUCUCUCUCGUUCUCUAUAUGCAGUAAACGACAGCGCCGCUCAUCCCGUCUCUGCAGAAAGUCAGAAAGCAUGGUCUCCUGGUGCAUCCCACAAUAAAAACACAGACAGGCAAUCACAAUCAGUGUCAGUGCCUAUAGCCUUUCCGGUCUCCAUCUUGGCUCUCCAGCCCUCAGAUCAGCGCAUGAGGUCGACCUUCCUGAGGUAUGCCUGCCGUCUGACCCUUGACCCUGACACAGCCCACCCCACCCUGUUCCUUAUGGACGGCCCUCAGGGUGCCCACUGCGGCGAGGAGCCCCAGGCGUACCCCCUGCACCCUCUGCGCUUCGACAGCGUGGCCCAGGUCCUGUGCAAGGAGGGCCAGUUUGGCGGCGCCAGCUACUGGGAGGUGGAGUGGCAGGGUGGCGGCUGGGUGGACGUCGGGGUCACCUACCGGGCCGUGGGACGCAAAGGGGGCGGAAAGCCCUGCCUGCUGGGCCGCAACGACAACUCGUGGCGCCUGCGCUGCACGCACGCCGGCUACGCCGCCUGGCACGACAACCGCAAGAUCACGGUGGCCGCCGAGCCCAGCCCGCGCAUCGGCGUCUUCCUGGACCGGCACAAGGGCGAGCUGUCGUUCUACCGGCUGGCCAACACCGUGGAGCUGCUGCACAUGUUCCGAUGCCCCUUCUCCCAGCCGCUGUAUCCGGCCUUCAGGCUGGACCUGGACUCCACUCUCCUCAUCUGCCCGCUGGAGAGGGGCAACGGAGACUCCUCCACCACCUGACCAAGCCCUUCCCCCAUCCCUAGACCAAGUUCCCACCAUCCAUAUCUCCUGUCCCAAUCCAAACCCAGACUGCGCCUUUGCCCCUAUAAGCAGUCAACAUGACCAAAAUCUCCUCAAAAACGGUUUCACGAAAGGGGCGACAGUGGUUCAGGAGGUGAUCUCCUGAUGUGCAGGAUGGCACCUUGCAUGGUAUCCUCCACCGAUAGUGUGUGAGUGGGUAGAUGUCUGAGGCAUUAACCUGUAAAGUGCUUUGAGUGCUCUAAUGAGUAGAAAAGUGCUAUAUAAAUGCAUUACACAUAAAUGCAUUCACUUCAUUGUCUGGCAAAGCAGCAGGGGUUCAAUUCAACAGAUACACAUGACUCUCUUACACCUGGUGUGAAUACAAAAGGAUUACAUUUCACCGAUGAAAUAUGGAUACCUUGUCAUGUCACUCAUGAAAGAUUAACGAAUGGAUGAUAUGUCACCCCCACAAACGAACCUAAUAAUGGGUCGGUCAGGGUCCACACAUCAGAGGUUCACCAUACACCAGAGGACCCCCUGUGUGCCGGCUCAACUCUUUUUCCAUACUGCUAAUUGUGUCUACACCCGACCACAAAGAGGGCUUUUGACUUUGACUUUGGGGAUUGGGGCA